AUGGCCGCAGACGUGCAAGGGAAGCACAAUCUGAAAGAGACAGAGUCCUUAAAAUUACAAGGGAACCAAACAAAGAAAAAGACGAAUGAUUACAAAGGCUUCAUUGCAGGCGUCUUCAGUGGCAUAGCCAAGCUAUCUGUCGGCCAUCCUUUCGACACCAUCAAAGUCCGUCUGCAAACAACAGAUCCAAGCCGUUUUAAAGGCCCUAUUCAAUGUGUCUCACAGACUAUUCGCAAUGAGGGCUUUCGCGGGCUGUACAAGGGUGCUACGCCGCCUUUGGUAGGAUGGAUGUUUAUGGACUCGGUCAUGUUGGGCUCACUAACAGUGUAUCGCCGGCUUCUGUCAGAACAUGUUUUCAAUGUUGAGCCGGUGGGCACUGAUGUCACGGCUUCUUCUCCAGGUACAGCACCAAAAGGACAUACGGCGCUUCCAAGUUUCGGCCAUGGUAUCGCGGGUGUAAUGGCUGGAUCGACAGUGAGCUUCAUCGCUGCGCCAGUUGAGCACAUCAAAGCUCGACUUCAGAUUCAGUAUGCUGCGCAAAAGUCGGACAGGUUAUACGCUGGCCCAAUUGAUUGUCUAAAAAAGAUCUACCGACACCAUGGCAUUCAGGGUGUCUACCACGGCCUCUCAGCGACACUUCUCUUCAGAGCAUUCUUUUUCUGCUGGUGGGGCAGUUACGAUGUUAUUUCACGGCAACUGCGCGAGAAGACGAGCCUCAGCACACCGGCUGUGAAUUUCUGGGCAGGCGGUCUGAGUGCACAAGUCUUCUGGUUGACGAGUUACCCUAGCGAUGUGGUCAAGCAACGUAUCAUGACUGAUCCUCUGGGAGGAGGGCUUAAUGACGGAGUUCAGAGAUUUCCUCGAUGGAAGGACGCAGCUACUGCUAUCUAUAAGGAAAGUGGUUGGAAGGGCUACUGGAGAGGCUUUGUGCCCUGUUUCUUGAGAGCGUUCCCGGCGAAUGCUAUGGCUUUGGUUGCUUUCGAAGGCGUUAUGAGAUCCUUGCCAUGA